AUGGCACGGUUAGAUAGCCAGGCGAUACUAGCGGGUUUUGCUGCUAUGAGAGAUGGCACUUCAGGAUACGGGUUCGAAAGCGACGACUUCGAAAGCGACUACUUCGGAAGCAGAGGCUCUGGAGCUGAAGAUGGCGACACUGCUUCGCAGUUAGCCGACGAAGACCGCCUGGCAGCUACUCAGCCAGACGCGUUAGAUAAUGACGACAGCGACAGUUCCUCUGAAGGGAGUAUCGGUAAUGUCUCGACCAUCGCGCCGUCUGUUGAGUAUGGUGGUUUAGACUUUAAUAUCGACCGUAGUACGGUGCUGGAUUGGGUCUGUGACGAUAGUCUCGAUGAACAGAAACUUUUCUGGAAGUUUACUUGGGCCGAUAUGCCUAGAGACCCGGAAAGGGGGAAAUCGAGGAAGGAUCCAGGAUCAACUUUCAAGAACGAAAAUUGGAGGAGCUGGUAUAAGAGUAUGAGCGACACAAUCAGCCGCCAGAUCAGACUUCACAGUCGUCGAGACGCUCCUAUUACGCCCGAAUCGUUUGAAGAACAGCAUAAGGCACUCUUCUUUUCACAGCACUCCGCAUUCCCAUUUCCAGGCGAGAAUGGCAGCCUCGUCAAGAGCAAAGAUCACCAGACGAACACAAGAUGCAUCUUAUGCACCGGUGUAUGUUAUCAAGGUCAGAAGCCUGGCGCGAAAUAUUUGCCUCUAGAUAUUGUAGGCUUGAAGGAAAGGUACUAUAUGCUUCAUCACAACGAUACGGCGAGGAAGAUUGGAUGGGAGAUUCCAAUCGGGAUGAGAAACAUCUGGACAGCGAGCAAGAUAAGGCAGGAGGUUGAAGGCUGCGUGGCAGACGGGGUUGUAUAG